AUGCAUUCUUUUGUCCGUCCUAAUCAAUUCGUCGCUUUGCGACUGCCAUCUGAUACGACGAAGAUCACCAAACUUGAACCCAAUACGAUUAUUUCCCUAGGAAAAUAUGGAAGUUUCAACGCAAACCAGAUCAUCGGUCGUCCGUUUUACCUGACAUUCGAAAUUCUCGAAACUCCCGGCGAGGGUAGUCAAUUGCGCAUCAUUCCAGCAGCAGAGCUUCAUGCGGAAAGUUUAAUAACCGAGGGCUCGGGAGAGGCAGAUGGAGAGGGCGAGGAGCUGGAUAUGGAUGGCGAUGAAGCCCCGAUGCGCACGAAUCGCGAGACUGUUGACGACAAUUCCACUCAGAAGAUGACACUCGAAGAGAUCGAAGCGCUCAAAAGGGAGUCUGGUGGUGCAGGCAGAGAGCUUAUCGCCAAAUUGCUGGAAUCUCAUUCCGCCCUGGACCAGAAAACCGCAUUCUCGCUUGCCAAAUACACGCUGCGCAAACGGAAGAAGUACAUGAAGCGAUUCACCGUCCUCCCAAUGGAUGUCAGCCUCCUUACAAACUAUAUGUUGGAAGAGAAGGAUGCCGGGAAAACCAUGGAAAUGCGCGAUGAGCAUAUCGGCCUCGUUGGGUGCUGGGGCAAUGUCCAUCAUGCCGGAAAUACUUCAGUGGAGCAGGCUUUAUCAUCAAGGCCCAACGGUCGCUACCUGGUUGUCGAUGAAACAGGAGGGUUAGUAAUUGCGGCAAUGGCAGAAAGAAUGGGCAUCCUAUACCCCCAUGAUGGGGAAUAUGAGGAAGAGACAGGUGUGCCUGGUGGAGCAGAGGAAUCACAAGGUGCUACUGCCAAACGUCGGCGUCACCACCAAAUGUCCGCAUCAGAGAACACCAUUACCGUCCUUCAUGCCAACACACAACCCAAUCUAUCUCUACUUAAGUACUUCGGCUACGACCAAGAUAAUCCAGACGAAUCACACCCUCUCUUCGCCCACCUGAAGUCAGUAUCCUGGAUGCAACUCAUUGAUCCAGAAGCAGACGCUAUCUACUCCAACGAACCCUCUAUUAUCCCCGACGAAGAACUGGCUACCUAUAAGUCCAGCAAGCGCAGUAUGUACCACCGCAAGCGCAAUAGGUGGGCUCGAGUUCAAAAGGUCGUCAACGAAACACGAGCAGGCGACUUCGAUGGUCUAGUUGUGGCAACUCUGAUGGAGCCCGCUAGUGUAAUGAAGCAUGGUAUCCCAUUGCUUGCUGGCUCAGCCCCGGUCGUCAUCUACUCUCCGACAGUCGAGCCCCUAACCGAGUUGAUCGAUCUAUACUCAACCCCCAGACGAACAGCCUACAUCACCCGCAGGCGAGAAAUCGAGGAGCAGAGACGGCAGGAGUCGGAACAGUCUGAGGAACAAAGUCGGGAGAGCCCGAGUGUCCUGGCUCUAGCCGAGCUGGAAAAAGACUUCCCCGUCGAUCCAUCAUUAUUGCUCGCGCCUACACUUGAGACUUCCCGUAUACGCCCCUGGCAGGUACUCCCUGGGCGCACGCAUCCGAUGAUGACCGGACGUGGCUGUGCUGAGGGCUAUAUAUUCCAUGCGAUCCGAGUUUUCCCCUCUCAAAACAAUGUCCAAGCCGCCGGAAAUCCGAGUAGGAAGAAGAGAAAGGUUGAGCCUACACAGCAAGCUGCAAGCACGGCCAGCGGCAGUGGUGUGGAUGUUGAGAUGAAGGCAUAA